ACUUUUCUCUUUUCCCCAUGAAUUUUCAAAACAUGUUUUUGGGCUUUGGGCUUUACCUUCUCUCUCUCAAACAAAUGUAAAAAACAUGAAUCUUAAAUUUAAGUUUUGAUCUCCGAGCCUUACUUUUUGAGAUAUGGUUCUGUGCUUCAGACCACAAAAGCAGAGGAUGUCUACUUUACUUCUCUGUUUCAUGUCAGCAUAUCCAUUUUCCUUCUAGGGUUUUUUUUUUCUUUCUUUCUUUCUUUCUUUCUUUCUUUCUUUCUUUCUUUCUUUCUUUCUUUCUGAUUUCACUCUCUUCCAAGCUCAACACUUAACUACCUCAUGUAGGAUUUGAGCAUCAUACAUAAAAGAAGAAAUGGAAUCUGGAGGUAGAUUCUACUCAGUUGAUGAGUUCAAUCUACACCCUAAAUGGUUGAUUGAUCCUAAACAUCUCUAUGUUGGACCCCGGAUUGGUGAAGGUGCUCAUGCUAAAGUCUAUGAGGGAAAAUAUAAAAACCAGAUUGUUGCUAUUAAGAUUGUACAUAAAGGAGAAACUACAGAAGAUAUUGCCAAGAGAGAAGAUCGCUUUGCAAGGGAGGUGGCUAUGUUGUCUAGAGUGCAACACAAGAACUUGGUGAAGUUUAUCGGUGCAUGCAAGGAGCCAGUGAUGGUGAUAGUCACCGAGUUGUUAUCAGGAGGAACGUUGCGCAAGUAUUUGCUUAACAUGCGCCCCAAAUGCUUGGACACACAUGUUGCCAUUGGUUUUGCACUUGAUAUUGCACGUGCUAUAGAGUGCCUGCAUUCUCAUGGGAUCAUACACCGUGAUCUUAAGCCUGAUAACCUGCUAUUGACUGAAGAUCACAGAACAGUCAAGCUGGCAGAUUUUGGUUUAGCAAGAGAAGAGUCUUUAACUGAGAUGAUGACAGCUGAAACGGGAACGUACCGUUGGAUGGCUCCGGAGUUAUACAGUACUGUCACACUGAGGCAGGGGGAGAAGAAGCAUUAUAACCAUAAAGUUGAUGCUUAUAGCUUUGCGAUCGUGUUUUGGGAGAUCUUACACAACAAAGUUCCUUUCGAAGGCAUGUCAAACCUUCAAGCAGCAUAUGCUGCAGCCUUUAAGAAUGUAAGGCCGAGUGCGGAUCAUCUUCCCGAGGAAUUGGCCGUAAUUCUUACUUCAUGCUGGCAAGAGGAUGCAAAUGCUCGUCCCAACUUCACUCAGAUAAUCCAAAUGCUCCUAAAUUAUCUUUACACUGUUUCGCCUGCCGAACCUGUGAUUCCUUCGAGAAUAUUCACUUCUGAGAACACUGUGUUGCCGCCAGAGUCCCCUGGUACAAGCUCCUUGAUGGCGAAACGUGAUGACACCGGUGAUACACCCAGAGGAAAGGACGAAAUCAAGCCUAAUGGUUUCCUUUGCUGUUUCAGUCAGUGUUAUUAACUCUGAACAAGUCUUUUUAAAUGAAAAAUGGGAUUCAAAAAUUGUAAGAUAGAAUCUUGUCCAUAGAGGGAUCCUUUUUUUGAUGA